AAUUGGCCCUAAAAUCAAUAUCUUUCAGGGUUCAUUCCUUCUUCUUCUGUUGAGAAACAAGAAAAGAAUCUUCCUGUGAAACUUUUUGAAUUGGAUACGAUGAAGAUGGAGAUCUUUGGAAUUGAUUUUGGAUGUGCGUUUGGAUCAUUGAGUGAUGGAAAGUUUCCUGAGAAGGAUUGUUUACUUCCAUUGAUAUCUAAGAUCCUUGGUUAUUGUAUCGUUGCUGCUUCUACCACUGUCAAAGUCCCACAGAUACUUAAAAUUUUGAAGAACAGUAGUGUCAGGGGGCUUAGUUUGGCAGCUUUUGAGCUUGAGGUUGUUGGUUAUACUAUUGCUUUGGCAUACUGCCUUCACAAUGGACUUCCAUUUUCAGCUUAUGGGGAGUUGCUUUUUCUUUUAGUUCAAGCCAUAGUUUUAGUUGCGAUCAUCUACUACUUCUCUCAACCUCUGGGGAUGAAGACGUGGAUCCCGGCAUUAGCAUAUUGUGCACUAGCUCCCACCAUCCUAGCUGGUCAGGUUGACCCUGUACUUUUUGAAGCCCUGUAUGCUUCUCAGCAUGCAAUUUUCUUCUGCGCUAGGGUGCCACAGAUAUGGGAAAACUUUAAAAACAAAAGCACAGGGGAGCUCAGCUUCUUGACUUGCUUAAUGAACUUUGCCGGCUCCUUGGUGAGAGUCUUUACCAGCCUCCAAGAACAAGCUCCAACAAGCAUGAUUAUGGGUUCUGUGCUCGGUAUCGUGACGAAUGGCACCAUUCUCAGUCAGAUAAUAUUAUACCAGAGGCCACCAGCGAAGAAAGAGAAGAAAGUUCAAUAGAAGCUAGGUUGCCUGCUUAUGCUGAUAGUUGUGCAUGGUCAUCACUAUGCAAUGGAAUUGUGUGCAUGUUUCUCACCAGCGGUCUUCUACAAACAACGGUGCUUUUGUUAGUUUGGGGUUGAAUCGAAUCUCGUAUGUUUUUCUUAUGUUAUUAGUUAUUUCAUUUGCCUCUUGUGGUACUAAAUAAUGAUCUCCACAUCCCAAAUCUCUCUCUCUCUCUCUCUCUCUCUCUCUCUCUCUCUCUCUCUCCACAGUACCAUCUCUAAUAUACAAUAGGGUCCGGAGUCAUUGGACGUCUCUUUUGAGUGGACGAGGUUCAUGCUUAGAUCUUGUUUAGAUCUUUUGAGUUAGGAUACAGGUAAGCUUAGAUCUUGAAUGAUGGAUUCACAUACACAGUACCAUCUCUAAUAUACAAUAGGGUCCGGAGUCAUUGGACGUCUCUUUUGAGUGGACGAGGUUCAUGCAACUUGUUAGGAGUAACUGUGGUCAUGGGAAUAUGGAGGGAUUCUGUUCUUUUUUCAGAUGAUAAGAGGUAAUGGUGAUGUUAACAGUGAAUCUGAUGCCAACUAUAUCAUUAUGGAAAGAUGGGUGGAUUGAUAAU